GCGAAAUUAGGUUUAGCUUCAGGUGGUUGUUUGAACUCAAGUAAAGUUGAACUUAUUUUUUUUAAAUUGCUAUCCACCAAUAAACCAACACAAAGGGUACAUGAAGUCACACACAUAUAUAUGUUUGAGGUAACAUUUAAAAGAAGAUGACCGAAGCAAGUGUGAAGAUUCACAACAAAGGCAGCUCAGAUCCACCACAGCUUCCCUCCCUCAGGACAAGAAAAAGGCCAUGUGACAAGCUUUCCUCUACUGAUGUUGACCACACGUUUCAACAACAGUCCCCUUUGCAGGUGUCUGUUAUAAUUUCUGUACAAGAUCAGACAACAGCACAGUCCUCUCUGAUCAAACCAGAAGUCAUCCCUGACAAAAAGGGUGAGGAAUCCACUGACAAUGAGGCUGUUAAAGAGCAACAAGAGGCAACAGUCACCCAUCCAAUCAGUGAUCCUCAACUCGAAAGGUCUCCUGUUAGGGAUGACAGCAAGAGCAAGGAAGAAGAAGAAAUGACAGAGAAAUAUGACAGGGCACUCUCUCAAACAUGCACUGAUCAACACCAGGUCUUUUUGUUGACCCCUGAAGAAGCACGUCAGUCAGGUUCAACUGCUUUGGAAGAUCAUCAGAGAACAAAGAAUGACCUUCAGUGUGAUUUAGUAAGAAACCAAAAAGUCAACCAAGGUAUACCAAGUGAUGAGAGCAUGGGUGACAGCACAGAACACAAAACUGAAGCAAUGACAGGAGAGCCGGUCAAAAAGAGAAAAAGGAUGGGUAUGUGUGGUCUUACAGAGAAAGAGCGAAGUCAUUUUUUACAGAUAAGUAAGAGUGUAAAUGGACAGACCGGUAGAGAGAAAAUUGAACGGCAGAUGUCCAACAAUAAAGCUGACAUUGAAUCGUCUAUCUUACCACCAUCACUCCUCCCAACCCCUAUGGCUGGCAUUGCAGGACCGGGCGAGGAAGAGGUAUUUCACUCCAGUCAUGAAAAACCAGUUGACAGGCCAGAAACAGAAGUCCGCAUUCCUGCCACUCCUUCUGACGGGAGCGACAUUGUGUGCAAGCAAAGUUGCUUGUAUGGCAAAAGUCAUGACCAUGGAGAGGGCCCAGUUCCUGCUCCGGAUCAAACUAUAGACACAAAUUCAGACCCACUUGCAAUGGAAGAGGAACAUCAUUUUGAAAACCCAAAUCCCCAAGAAGUGGACUGUGGAUCAUCAAGCAUAACUUUUAGCAACCUGGAAGUGCAUUGUGUUGCCAUAAAAAUUGAUAAGAAAAUACAUGAUAUAUGUAGCGAUAGUGUGGACUGUGACGAAGACAAAGCAAAUGAAUCGUCUGCUAAUGCCCAGCAAGGAGAUGGCUUUGUCAAACUCUGUGAGGAUGUAACCUCUGGUGACUCGGAGAAGAACGACAUGCCUGGUGAUAAUGAUGAGCCUAAUCCUGGUGCUGUGAUCACAGAGUACCCGCAAACCAUGAACACCACUGACCUCCAUGGAUCUGGUUGCUUCGAUUUUGUCUCAGACUCGCAGCUCAACAACAUUACGAUUGAGGACCAAGCAAAAAAGGAUAAACUUGUUAAACCCUCACGCCGUGAAGAAGAUGCCUCAGGAUUGAUGUGUGGGCUCAUCAAGGAACUCUCCUUUCUAAAUCGAACAGUUAUGGCCGCUCAUCGAGAGAUUGAGAACAUGCGGCGUGGCAGUAAGAAUUCAAGAAACUUACCCCGCUGAAAUUUUGGUCCACCACGAUCCCAAGUUCAUGGUCUUUUGUUUUUGUUAUGUUAUUGGAAUAUUCGAAUACU